AUGGCCAGUUCGAGUUUGAUCCUAAAGAAGCAAUUGGCCUUUGAAUGGGUGAUCAGCGUAUUUGGUCUCCGAGCCGGUCGCACCUCAGAGGCCGAGGAGCAAGCGAUCAAAUUCGUCAGCCGAGGGUUGGACGAGGUCUCGUCCAUGCCCCAUCGAAUCUCUCCCCACAUUCUGCCCGAACCUCCACACUUUGUGUCGUCGAUGCUUAUCUCUGCUCGCGCCACCCCCAAGAUUGCUGGAUACACGUCUCACGUUGCUCCUGGGAACUGGUGUGGGACUGAAAAGCAAGUAAUGAGGUCAGUCGAGACCUUUUCCGCAACCGUGAUAAUCAUCCAUCGCAACGAAGAAAACAAGGAAGUAGUGGAAACAUGA